AUGGUGAAGCUGUGCGCAGCCGCAUUGCCGGCUCGCCUCCCACAAGCACAGCACAGAUGCACGGUUCCAGCUCGGUGGGACGCGCUCACCAUCAUCACAUACGCAUCUCUGACGAUGUCGACUUGGCAAGACGUCCAGAAGCUGCCGCUCCUGCCCUUGCAACAUGAUCAAGUCGCAUCACAUCUCAAUCGCGUGCAAGACGCUGGACUCCCACAUCCCACACAUCCUCUUUCGAAGCUUGCCCGCACUUCCGCAUCAUGGACUCGUCAUCUCAACACCCUCGCCGAGAGGUCUUCCACCGGGCUGGUCCCGUGGCUGAUCGUUCUGCCCCUCCUCGCUUCAGUAUUGGCACACGUCUACUUUCACAUGUUCUCCACUCUGCACAUCUACCUCGCUCUGGUCUGGCUCGGCGUCCCCGCUGCCACCGUCUCGACCCUCGCAGCCAUCGCUUCUAGAUCUGCAACCAAGUCGGCAUCGGGACGUGAUCGCCUCAAGGCUACUGUUCUCCUCACACUGCUGUGUACCGUCAUACGGCGAACAUUCACCGUCAAUCCUCGUCAGGCCUUCUCAAACGACCCCUACGAGCAAAGCCAGAAUCAGACGUUCUUCAUCGCCGUCGAUAUGUACAACUCGGAACAUCUCUUUCCCUCGUUCUCGCAGUCGCUGCUCACGCUCGCCGAGCGCUUGGGCAAGAGCAACGUGUUCGUCUCGAUCUACGAAAGCAACUCCAAAGACAGCACAAAGCAGCAUCUACUUCGGCUCCAGUCCGAAUUCGGCCUUCGCGGCAUCAGCAAUCAAAUCCGCAUGAUCGACAACAGCAGACGCGAAGAGCUCGAUCGCAUUCAGCGCUUGGCCAUGGUCAGGAACGAGGCUCUCAGGCCCAUCCAUGACGGCAUCGACGCUCUCAACAAUCAGACCUUUUCCAAGCUCAUCUGGCUCAACGACAUCCUUUUCCGUCCCGAAUCGGUGCUUGAGCUCCUGUCGACCAACGGAGGCACCUUCGACCAGGUCUGCGCACUCGAUUAUCUCCCUCUUGGCUUUUACGAUACCUGGGUGAUGCGCGAUGUAGAAGGAGAUCGUCCCACCCCAUUGUGGCCCUAUUUCAAGCGAGAAAAGGACGUCAACAGCUUGCGGAGAGGCGAUACCAUCCCGGUCAACAGCUGCUGGAACGGCAUGACGAUUUUCGACGCCAAAUGGUUCCUCCCGUCUAAUGACUCUGCCACCGGUACGCCGGGUGUCGACGAUGGCCCGAUUCGCUUCCGAACACAUCCCGAGUGCAAUGUCUCGGAAUGCCUCCUGCCCAGCUACGACAUCCACGUUCGCAGCAAAUCGAGGCCCUUGAUUUUUGUCAACCCGAGAGCGGUUGCCACAUAUCAAUACCGCGACUUCUUGAUGUACGACCGCAUCAUGCGCUCCAACAUCGUCACCCUCUGGAGUCGCGUGUGGCAGGAUCUGAUCAGCCACUCCCUCUUCGGGUUCAUGGUCGAGAUUGGUAGAAAGAAGGACGAGUGUGCCGACACCCUGCGAAAAGGUUGGAAAACCUAG